GAAAUCGUUGGAGUGAGGUUUGGUUACAAUGGCGGCGAGGAGGAGUGGUUUGCCUUUGAUGAAAUACUUGAGAGUGCAGGUCGAUGCUCUUCCUCGUAACUACCAAACUUCGUUUCGAUUCGCUCCGAACCUGUUGGUUCGCCGUUUCUGCGAAGAGGUUAGGGGUUGCUUUCUCGACAAGGCCGAGGUCACAGAUCGCGUCAUCUCGUGCGUCAAAAACUUCCAGAAAGUUGACCCUUCCAAGGUUACCCCAAAUGCUCAUUUCCAGAAUGAUCUUGGAUUGGAUAGUUUAGAUGCGGUAGAGAUUGUGAUGGCUCUUGAGGAGGAGUUUGGGUUUGAGAUUCCUGAUAAUGAAGCCGACAAAAUCAACUCCAUUAAACUCGCAGUCGACUUCAUUGCAUCUCAUCCCCAGGCAAAGUAGCAGAAUCCAUUGGACCCCGUGUAUAAUUUUUCUUUUGUUUCUUUUCAAUUAGUUUAGAUCCAUCAAGGUUGCAGACAUCUUUUACCUCCUUUUUGGCUACGAAAGUGGAACUUAAUUUUCUCAUCCCUUGAAACCCCGGAAGAGUGUUAGUUGGGGUUGUGCCAGCAUGAAUGCUACUUCACUUUUAGUAGUAUUGGCAUUGAAAAGCUUUGCAUUUCAUGUUCCUCCGGUAUUCAUGUCAAUAAAAAAUGUGUGUUAAAUUUCUAAUUACAUGAGGUCUGAAUCGUCCUGAGCAUCCAAUGCAUUUUGGUAUUCUAUUUUGCUGUUUUAU